AUGGCAACCUCCCACCGGCGGAGGAUCGAGGGCGACCAUUGCCGAUCAAUGCAAAAGCGUUCUAGGGAGGGUGGUGUGGCGAUUGGCAUCUCCCACCCGCGGGAGCACCGGCGCCACCACAAGAGGCACAGGUCGGACCGGGACAGGGAUGAGCCCAGGAGGCACGAGGGGCAGUCGUCCAGGAGGCGCUCCUCCGAGAGGAGAGGCAGGAGGGAGGGCAGGGGGCGGAGCGGGGAGGGGCGCAGGGACGGGAGGGCUCGAGACGAAGGGGGAUUUGACAGAUGGGACGGCGGCGAGGAUGAGCGGGAAGGGGCUCCGGAAGGGAGGAAGAGGGAGAAGGGAACAGCGGGGGACGGCGAUGGGGACAAGGCGGCCCCAAGGCAGCCCCAGCCGAUUGCCCCGGUCAAAGGCGUGUUUGGGGGAGUGUACGUGCCGCCUUUUCGCCUUGCUCAGAUGAUGAAGCAGUGCCAAGACAAAUCUGGGCCAGAGUAUCAACGCAUGACAUGGGAUGCUCUCAGGAAAAGUCUCAACGGAAUUGUCAACAAAGUGAAUGCCACAAACAUGAAGAACAUGUUGCCUGAGCUAUUUGGCGAGAAUUUGAUUCGUGGCCGCGGCUUGUUCUGCCGUGCGGUCAUGAAGUCGCAGAUGGCAUCUCCCACCUUCACUCCGGUGUAUGCAGCACUUGUUGCCGUUGUGAACACAAAGUUCCCAGAAAUUGGCGAGCUCCUUCUGAAGCGAGUGAUUUUACAGUUCAAGCGAGCCUACCGCAGGAAUGACAAGCCUGUCUUUCUUGCAGCAACCCAGUUCCUUGCCCACCUGGUUAACCAAGCAGUUGCACAUGAGCUUCUGGCACUUGAGCUGCUCAUGGUGCUGCUGGAAAAUCCCUCUGACAACAGUGUGGAAGUGGCUGUUUCGUUCACAAAGGAGGUAGGAGCCACACUGCAGGAGCUGUCACCGCAGGGCUUGCACAGUGUGUUUGAACGACUGCGUGCCAUCCUGCAUGAGGGAGAGAUCGACAAGCGAGUCCAAUUCAUGAUCGAGGGCUUGUUUGCAGUGCGGAAGGCUGGCUUUGCAACCUCUGGCUUUCCUGCGGUCCAGUCUGAGCUGGACUUGAUCGAGGAGGAGGAUCAGAUCACGCAUGAGGUGGGCCUGGAUACACCAAACCUGGAUGCAGAGAUGGGCCUGGACGUGUUCAAGCUGGAUGAGGAGUAUGAGCAGCACGAAAAGGAGUACGAAGCCAUAAAGAUGGAGAUUUUGGGUGAAUCAGAUAAGGAAGAUGGCGAUUCCGAGAGCAGCGGUAGUGAUAGAGAGGAUGGAGAGGGUGAAGAGGGUUCAGACGCAGAAUCGGAUGAAGACAACAAGAUGGAGAUUACGGACAUGACAUACAUAAAUGAAGUUAACCUUCGGCGGACGAUAUACCUCACCAUCAUGUCCAGCUUGGACUUUGAAGAGGCAGGGCACAAGCUUCUGAAAAUCCAUCUCAAUCCAGGCCAAGAAUGCGAAAUCGUGACGAUGAUAAUCGAGUGUUGCAGCCAGGAGCGCACGUACCUCCGGUACUAUGGCCUCCUGUCGCAGCGAUUCUGCUUCCUGAACUCUGCCUACCAGAAGCUGUACGAGGAGAGCUUUAGCUUUCAGUACAGCCAGAUCCACAGGCUGGAGACCAACAAACUGCGCAACGUGGCCAAGCUGAUGGCGCACCUGCUGGCCACAGAUGCCAUAUCUUGGUCUGUGUUGGGUAUCAUACGUCUCACGGAGGAGGACACCACAUCGUCAUCCCGGAUCUUCAUCAAGAUUCUUUUCCAGGAGCUGUCCGAGAUCCUGGGCCUCAUCAAGCUCAAUGCGCGCCUCCAGGACCCCGACCACCUGGACUGGUUCGAGGGCAUCUUCCCCAAGGACACACCACGCAACAUGCGCUUCUCCAUCAACUACUUCACGUCAAUCGGCCUGGGCGGACUGACGGACACCAUGCGCACCCUGCUAGCCAACCUGCCUAAGCUCAUCGCCCAGCAGAAGUCCCUGCAGGCCAGCGACGGAAGCGGUUCUUCCGAAUCCUCGGGCGACUUGUCGUCCAGCAGCGGGAGCAGCUCGGACUCAGACUCGUCGGGGCCAUCAGAUUCGUCGUCAGAAUCUUCGUCGUCGGAUUCCAAGUCAUCGGAUUCCAGCUCGGGCAGCGAGUCCUCGGCCGGUUGGCCGGGAAGCAUCGCAUCGUGGUGCGGCAGACGCGGGAUUUUUUUGAUUUGUGGAGUUCGAGUGUCGGCGAUCAACAGGAGCGUCAGUUCACAACGCUGGCGGGGUGUAUCCUCACACCCACACCGAUAG